AUGCCCCGUCCGGAGUACGCACCCUUUAUUACAUCACCUCGUGGUGGUUCUUCCGUCUUCAUGACUGGUCCUUUAAUAGGUUCAUCUACUGUUUCAGCAUUAAGUGCUGCUGCUUCUGGGACUUUUAAUGCUGCACUUAGUGUAGCUAAACUUAAUCUCCAUCGACGUCGUCGACAGACACUUUCCGACUCGAAUAGCAGCAGUCGAAGUGGGAAUGGACUUUCAUCCUCUUAUGCUCUCGAUCGAGAAGAUGACGAAGAAGACGAUCCUUUUGAACCACCACAACAACAGAGACAUCGGAAUCAGCCGAGAUUGAAAAAAACAGCAGCUUCUCCGUCGUCAUUGACGUCUUCAGGACCUUCGCCCUUGUCCCGCUCGGAUGGAUUUGUAUCGAGACUCGUGUCGUCAUCUUCAUCACUAUCGGUUCAAUCUCCAUCUGCACGAUCGUCCUCGGCCACGUCGCCUUCAAGUCCACGAGAUGCGAGUAUGUCGUCGGAAAUCAGUGACGUGAUGCAGCAUCUACCAGAGCUUUCAACGGAAAAAAUUGAAGCCCUUGUGAACUUUAUUGACAAGUCUGUGGAUGACGCGUACAAUCUCAGUCUCGGCUUUGGUCGUGUGCGCUGGUCGCCCAGUAGAGCGAAAGGAGGCGUGACGAUCCAUCGAGCAAGAAGUGGACCGGACAAUACGCUCCUGGAUGCGGCUGUAAGAGGAAGUUGCAAUGUUAGCGCCACAUUUCGAGAGAUUAGUGACUUGCUGAUUACAGAGGCCACUACCGACUUUGUCGAUCACGAGAAUGCUGUGAACCCCAGUGAGUUUCUGGACGGACAAGUGCUGUAUACACUUGUGCCACGCACACCGGAAGAACGCUUUGUGUGUGUCAAGUGGCAUUGUAUGCGGUCACUGGCGCCCUCGGUUGCCAAACACCGUGAUUACGUCUAUGUGGAAAUUGUGGAUUCAUUUGAAGAUGGCGAUGGCCGCCGCGUCGGUUACCGUCUGAGCAAGAGUGUGGGUCUAGACGUGCUGCCACCCCGUGACACCAAACACCUUUUUGUACGGGCAAAGACGCUGACACUGCAGACGUGGAGUGAGCGAGCACCAGGAAGUUUGGAAUUUGUUACUAUGAUGAUCAACGACUUAGGAGACCGUCUGCCGUCUUGGCUUGUGUACAAGAUGGUGGAUACAGCAGCGAUGCGCUCAGGUUGUAUACGAGACUACGUCAACCAGCGCCGUCUCGAUAUGCUGGUACACGCUGGACCGAGGGACAUGGUGCCGCUGAGCCGCCGUGUUUGCUGUGUUGUGUGCACGCGUAGUUUCUCCCUCGUGCGGAAAAAAUAUAACUGUGCGGCGUGUGGAGACGUCAUCUGUAGCCAGUGCAGUGUGUUCGAGCUCGUGACAGCACACCAGCGUCUGAGUGAUCUUUCGUCCCCGGGAGGAAAGCGCAAAACACGCAUCUGUAUCAAGUGCAGCAGCAAGAUGCAGAGCCGAGAAUUGCCACGACGUGUAUCGUCUGCACAGCAUAGUGAUAUUCCUCGUAUCGGCCCGGACGGCAGCAAUCGCAGCCUCCUAGCAUUAAGCAACUCGUUCUUGGCACGCUCGCACGGGUUCACAGGAAAAACUUCCAACGAGUCUCAACGUAGUUUUCUCUCCGACUCAACCUCUGGCACGAGUUCGCAGGAGUCCGUUGAAGAUGGCAGUCGAGGCAGUGGCAACGGAACCUCAACAGUGCGCAAACAGAUACCCACCAUGUUUCAGUUUCGCCCGACGUCUUCUUCUAUGGGCAAGAAUGAACGUUUGUCAAAGGCGUCUACAUCAUCUUCGUCAGCUGGGGAUGAAGAGAACCGGCUAGAGGUUGAAGAGCUUCAGCCGCAAUUGUUUGGUGACGGGUUUCUUGCACCUGUCGCUGUGGAGCUCGACCUUGGUAUUGGGAAGUAUAAGGAGACAUUUCUUCAGCAUCCGUCGCGGACUGAGAGAGACUACGAAGCUGAAGCCGCUGAGCUGGCGGAGUACAGCGACACGGAGGAGGAGUUUACUAAAGACGACGCUGGCAACUUUCUUAAUACGGAAGGUCACGCGCAGCACGUUGUUAGACAAUCGUUCAUGCAGGCUACAGUCAUGACACUGGACAUAGACAUGCCGUCGGUACGCAAAGUUGAAGUGGCUAGCUUUCUAACAGAAGAAGAGAAUGUCAAUCUCGACGCAGCAUCGAACGAUUCUGACUCGGCCAGCUGUCUCACGGUGGAUGAGAACUCCAAAAUUGUGGAAAGUAGAUUUUUCGGUGCAAAAUUGGAAGCUGAUGCUCCUGUUCCUGUGCAAGUGGAGGAGUUCAUUAUAGAAGAAAUGGUUCCUGAUAAUUCUUGUACAAUUUCGCGUCGCAGCAUGGAAUGCAAAGAAGUGAAGGUGAAAGAGUUGGUCAGAGAGGAAGUCUAUCCUGUAAAUGUAGACGUUGUACUGCGACGAAGCUUGGAGACAGAAGAAUAUGUUGCUGAAGAAGUUAAUCCAGACAGCGGUGGCAUUGUAUUGCGAGGUGGCAUGGCAUCGGAGAAGCUCGUAAUAGAAACGAUACAGCCCGAAAACGCACAAGAUAUUUCUCGGCUCAGUUUGGACCGAGAGGAAAUUCAGGUACCAAUGGUGGUUCAUAAAGUGGCGAAAAGAUUGGUUGUUGGCUCUGGCGGACGACACAGUCGCGAGUCUAGAAAAUCGACUGCAUCGCGUCCUAUCAGUGCCUCGCCUCCGCCACCGAGAGUAGCUGAGAUGCUAACGGACAGUAUGGCAAGUGCCAGUGCUAGCGAAAAGAACGCGGCGGCUUCUAACGGUUCUCGAGCAGCAGCACCUCCGGCUCCAGUCCCUGCACCAGCAGCACCAGAAGAGGAGACUAUCAAACUAGAAGAUUUGCAGGUGCAUCUUGACCGAAUGAAUCAAAUUUCGUCCAACUUGCGUGACCUUCGCAAUGAAAUGAAGGAAACAACGGAGGCUCCAGCCAGCACGCAGUCAGCAAUGGCCGCGCUCACAACCUUUGAGACCAAGGCGAACGCGGACCGUGCAGCCAAAAUUGCCGCCAACUUUGUCAGCUUGUUGGAUCGAAAUGCGGCACCCGCGGCUCGACGUGCACAGCAGGAGUUGAAGCAGAGCGGCAGACCACGCACAAGUCUGUUCGAUUUGACACUAGCCAUGGGCGAUGGCAGCUUUGUGGACUACCUUGGAGAUUCGACGUUUGAGGACGUCGGGGAGAGCCCCGACGGUACGGGACUAGGGUGGCAGUCCGUGCUUUCUCAAACGACUGGCAAGCAGUAUUUCUUCAACCAGAAUUGUGCGCUUGCGUCUUGGACUUUGCCGGGACCCGACAUUUUUCAAGGAACGCUUUACAUGGUGCUCUAG